UUCUAACACCCAACUAACUGAACCAUGAAUAAACUAGCCUUGGAGUCAUAAUGGCCAGAAUAGUAUCAGUUGCAAUUUGCAAAGACCAUAGCUUUGUACUCAUUUGUAAGGGUGGCUAAACAGUCCGGUCCGGUUAAAUUGGUCCGAAUUGAUCCGGUUCUAGUUCGGUCUUUUCGGAAAUAUAAGGACCAAAGAUUGGAUUGGAUACAGUCCGGUCUUGAUUCGGUCCGGUCCCAAUUUGGUUUUGAUUUUAGAUUGAACUUGUGGGAAUUUGAGUGGCCCGAGGCCUCAAAGGGUGAUGAGUUGGUUAAGUUUUGCCUGUUGGGGUCUCUUAUCCGGUCUUUAUCCGAUUUUCGAUCCGGUCCCAAACUGUUUUUACCUCAAAUCUAAGCCCAAAUAUGAGAUUUAAUUGCUUGUUAUCCGGUCUCGGUUCGAAUUAUACGGUCGAAUUUUUAUAAAACCAAACCGUCUGGAGCAAAUAGCAAUCACAACUCAUUUGCCAGCUUUCGAAUCACCGGAUCAUCGGUAGCUUUGUACUCAUUUGCCUCCCUCCCUACCUCUAUUAAUGGCUGUCAUAUCACAAAUUUAGUUUCCUUCAGGUAUCAUACCGAGCAACUUACCUUCCGGUAGGUAAAAAAUGUCAAGGUUUUCGAAUCCAAAGCUUGUCUGCAUGUUGAAUUUGUUUAUUAUCCUAAUCUAACUAUAAGUGAUUUCCCCUGCCACCACGCCACACCUACCUUUGCUAUUGUAUCCAAAUAAUGUGGACCAAGUGUAAACUAACAGCUUCAAUUUCUUCUUCAUCAUCUGCCCAAGUCUUCACAACUUAAUGAAAAUGAAUUAAUGGCGGCAAUAUGUUUUGGCACAACCACCGCCGAGCGAAAAUACUCUGUUUUUCCUUCACAAAUUUUGUCGCUGUGCUCAUUGUAGCUGCCUUUGGUCUUCGUCUUGACUCUUGACUGUUGAAUGUUGAUCCUUUAAGAAGCUACUACAUUUACACCUCUCAUUUUACGAUAAGGGAAACAUAUGCAAAACCUCUCAGCAAACCAGUAUCCCAAUUUCCCAAACUCAAAGAUGCUGCAAUUCAUCAUCUAUGGCUUCCUUCUCCUCUGCUUCUCAAUCCACCUGAUAAAACUAUCCCGUCGUCGAAAUCCCACCACCGAGCACACAAAAAAGCUACUACCCCCUUCCCCUCCCACGCUCCCGGUCCUCGGGAACCUCCACCAGCUCGGUUUAUACGCUCACCGCUCCCUGCAGCUCCUCGCUCGCCGCCAUGGCCCCCUGAUGCACCUCCAAUUCGGCCAGGUGCCGGUCCUGGUCGCCUCGUCCGCCGCGGCGGCCAGAGAGAUCAUGAAGACCAACGAUCUGAUUUUCUCAGGCAGGGUAGCAUCCCCAGUCGCCGCCAAGCUCCUCUACGAUUACGAGGACAUCGCCUCGGCUCCCUACGGCGAGGGUUGGAGGCAGAGGAGGAGCAUCUGCGUUCUCCAUCUGCUCAGCAAUCGGAGGGUUCAGUCGUUCGGGAGAGUGAGAGAGGAAGAAACGGUAACCCUGAUGAAGAAAAUGAAAGAGCAGCGGGUUGUGAAUUUGAGCGAGAGCUUUGCCGCUCUGACGAACGACGUCGUGAGCAGGGCGGCUCUGGGGAGGAAGUACAGCGAACAGGGGAGCCAUGGGGGGAAGAAGAAGAAUUUCAACGAGCUGCUGUUGGAGUUCAUGGAGCUUUUGGGGAGUUUCAAUGUUGGCGACUUCAUCCCUUGGCUGGGUUGGAUCAAUAUAUUUACAGGCUUCAAUUCCAGAGUCGGUAUCAUUUCCAAGGAAUUCGAUGAUUUUCUUGAGGGGGUAGUUGAUGAACAUGCCAGCAAGCUGGAAAACAGAGCAGGUAGGGAGACGGAGGAAGAAGAAGCAGAGGAUUUGGUGGAUAUAUUGCUGAAGCUCCAGAGAGAUAAUGUGCUUGGAUUCCCUCUUACUCGAAAGAACGUCAAAGCCAUAGUCUUGAACAUGUUUGCUGCGGGGACGGAUACAAGCUACACAGUCUUGGAAUGGGCGAUGACGGAGCUGCUCCGGAACCCAAGAGUGAUGGAGCGAUUACAAGUCGAGGUGAGGCGAGUUGGGCAGGGGCGAGCAGAGAUCAAACAGAGCGAUCUGGACGAAAUGGUGUAUCUCAAGGCAGUGAUCAAAGAGACGCUGCGAAUGUAUCCACCGAUCCCACUCUUGGUUCCUCGAAAAUCUUCUCAGAGCGUGGAAAUCGAAGGCUACCACGUUCCUGCCGGAACGAUGACAAUGGUGAAUGCGUGGGCGAUCGGGAGGGAUCCGGGGAUUUGGGAACACCCAGAGGAGUUCAAGCCAGAGAGGUUUUUAAAUGAUGGUUGUAAGGUGGAUUUUAGGGGGCAGGAUUUCGAGCUGAUUCCGUUCGGUGCUGGAAGGAGAGGAUGUCCUGGGAUUUCAUUCGCCAUGGCGACGAAUGAAUUGGUGCUGGCGAAUGUGGUUUAUGGGUUUGAUUGGAGUUUGCCCGAAGGGAUGAGAGUGGAGGAACUGGACAUGAGUGAAUGUCCAGGACUCACUAUUCAUAAGAAGGUUAAAUUGGUGGCUGUUUGUACGCCGCGUUAAUUCCCGGCUUAGAUUGAUGUUGUUUGUUAUUGAUUUUUGUUUGGUAGAUUUUUUAUUUCCCCACGUAUGUUUGGCUUGACAGAAGUUCUAUGGCAUGACUAGUAAUUUACUUUUCUUGUUUUUGUUAGUAUCUCUGGAUAUUUGUUCGCUGGAGAUUUAUGAAUUACUAGACAAAUUAGUUUGUGUUUAUGUAGCAAUUGGACAUAAAACGUUCAAAUUUGUCACAAUUAGUUCAAAUUCUUUCAGAAGUUAAUGCUUUAGAAUAUCCAAUUCUUGUAGUAGUCACUCUGAUACGAAUCUUGCUCCUCUGCAAUUUUUUCACUCGUUUCGUUCAGUCAGAGUAAGAUGAAUUGUCAAGGAAAAGUAGCGAUGUGAUGUCUCUUGACUAAGACUACCUUACAAGCAUGAAAGAAAAGUAAAGCUUAUAGAUUCUCAUGUUAUACAAUACAAGAAUUUGCAAAAUCGUACUCGAAGUCAUAUAGAAUUGUUGAUGGAUUAUCGUCUCUAGCUACCUCUAUUAAUGGUUGUACUCUCACAGAUUUAUUUUCCUUUCAUAAUUAAUGAUGAUUAUUUUUUUAUUUUAAAAAAUUAUAUAAAAAAAUUUAUUUUAAUUAAUUAAUCUUACUUAUAUAAAAUAAUUUAGACAUUAUCUGAUUAAAAUAAUGAAAUCUACAAUAAAUUACAUUGUCAUAAAAAUAGAAAGUUUGACACUUACACUCUAGUACUCUUAUUGGAGUAAAACUCAAUUUAGAGAGUUAAAGUACAAAAUUAAUUUUACCACUUAAGCACUCUAGCUCUCUUUUAUUGGAGAUGGUCUUAUGAGGCCAGAUCUAAGAGAUGAGAAAUAAUUAAUUUUUGUUUUUUCUAAUUUUUUAAUUGACUAUUAUCUUAUUUGUUUUAACUUGAAUUUCAAUUUUUUUCAAAAAUGCAACAUGUUUAUUGUGUUUAACAAAAUUAUAUUUAUUUUCAAUAUAUUUAGAGAAAAUAUUUUCAUACCACUUGAAACCGCCUUGGUACCACCUAAUAUCACUUGAUACCACCUUCAUUUUAACUCGAAUUUUUAAAUUUUAUGACUCGGAAGGAACGAGUUCGUCGAGAUCUAUUAUAUCCACAAAUUUAUUGGGAAUGUUUUUUUUAAGACCAAAUAUACCUCCCUGGUAUGUGGUGGUAACUGAUGGUAUACAAUGACGAAAGGUGGUAAACGAUAAUUAUUUUUACAAGGAUGAUAUAACUUUACCUUUUGUUUUUAAGCUACAACUUAAGAUAUUCGAACUUGGAACUUUCAGGUUCAAGACUAGUUGUAUUACUGCUAGACUAAGCCACUUGUUCGUUGGUAAGUGACGGUUAUUAUAUUCCUACUAUCAUGUAUGCAACCCUUCUACACUCUGUUAUGUUCAUAGCACCAUAAUAAACUUUCAUACAACGUUGUAUUUGUAUCAUAUUAUGUAUUACCAAUCAUUACUACAUGGUAUGUAGGGGUGGGCAACGGAAAACGGGUAUUUGGGUAUACCCGUACCCGUCCCAUUUUUUUAGGGUUACGGGUACCCAAAUACCCGUAAUUUUUUUACGGAAUGGGACUUGAGAUCAAUAAUAGUUACUUCGGGUACCCGCGGGUUACCCGUUAAUACCCGUUUGGAUAUUACGGGUACCCGUUAUACCCAUUAGUCCAAAAGUCUACAACCCAAACCCACUCCAACCCCCAACCAACCUCCUGUUCCCCUUCAAUUUCCCAAACGGCCAAAUCCCAUGCCGAGCAAAUUUCAUUCUCUGAUAUAAGAAGACGAAGUCAUACUUCAUACAUUAUAGAAGGGGAGGGGUAUAUAUUGUAUACAGAUACAAAAUGGGAUUUCAUUUGUUUUUUUUACAGAGACCUCUUACUCAUGAACAAUGCAGGAAUGGCCAUUGUUUUAGAUUUAUCACAGAAAUUUCAAUUACCCAGUUAGUAGUAAUCAACACAGUUUUCGUCUUUCAUGUUGCUGGUGACAAAUACAAAGAUGGUAGAACUCAUUUCUUUUGCUGUGUUAGCUAUGUUAGGUGUACAAAUGGUAAAGAUCAAAGAAGAAAUGGAGAAGCUCUACAUAUUAGUACGCAAAUAGUACAGAGACACACAGACACAGAAAAUAUAUAAUGAAGUCACCAUGUGUUUCAUAAAUUCUGAACAAUAUAGCUCUAAGGUGGAAGUUGGCCGGAUUGGACGGGUAUUUACGGGUAGUACGGGUACCCGUUAUCCGUCCCGUAUGGGUAAUGGGUACCCGUUGACCCGUAUGGUUUGGGAUAUGGGAUAGAGAUUGCUCUUCAAAUGGGACUGGGUACCCGUUUCAAACAGGACGGGUAUCCUGUCCCGUCCCGUUGUCCACCCCUAAUGGUAUGGACUUAAUAAAAGUCUCAAUUUUUUGUUCCAAAAUAUAUGAAAGUGAAACUCAUAUUGAAUGACACAAUUGAUUUGAGUUAUCUGUGAACAAAGUUAAAUAACGACUUAAAAUGGAAAAGAUAUAACCUGUUAAAAUUAAUUGAUCGAAUAUUAAAAACUUUUCAUAAAUGAUAAAUACAGAAGUUGUGGAUGGUUAUUGUCCAUAAAAUUAUCUUUCUUAUCGACGUUGCUGCUAAGUGCUACUGGUCUUUGGAUUUUUUCCCCAAAAUACACGCGUUCUUGAAACAAUUUCUCAAAAUACACACGUUUUUUGAAAAAUUCUCAAUCUACACAUGUUUGGGCUUCACCAUGACUAGGGUUGCAAACGAGGCGAGUCGAGUCAAGUUUUUGCUUAGCUUGAGCUCAGCUCGUUCUAAAUUUUUUAGCUCGAGCUCGGCUCGAAUUUGAAUAUUGAUCAUCCAGCUUGAGCUUGAGCUCGACUCGAUUAAAAAUAAUCCAGCUCGAGCUCGACUCGAUUAAAAAUAAUCCAGCUCGAGCUCGGCUCGAUAGAGCUCGGUAAAUGCUCAUUAACACAGCUUGUCAAGCUGAGUACAAGCUCGGCUCAAGAUAAACUCGAUUUGAAACCAUUCUUGCUGAAAAAUGUUUACAAAUAAGAACAUUAGAAAUUAAAAAUGAUAAAAAGAACACUAGAAUUAAAAAUAACAUAUAACUUCCAUACACAUCCUUAUACACAAGCUAACUUUUAUUUUCAGAAGAGUAAUUAAUCAUUCCACAAGCUUUAAACAAGCCAGCUCGCGAGCUUAGCUCAACAAGCCACUGAGUCAAGCUAGCUCAUGAGCUUAUCAAGCCGAGCAUGGCCUAGCUCAAGCUUGGCUCGUUUACUAACGAGCCGGCUCGCCAGCCUGCUUGUUAAACAACAAUGUCUAAUGAGUUUUUUCCGAUUCGAACGCCGAGUUACUCCCGAGCGGCUUUGCUCAUUUGCAUCCCUAACCACGACCCUCAGAAGCGGUGAACUGCUUCAUUGCGGCCGUCAAAAGUGGUUAAUGCUUCAUUGCGGCAGUCAAAGGUAGUGAAUGCUUCACCAAGGCCGUUAGAAGCGGUGAAUGCCUAACGUAGGCCAAAACUUCGAAUGAACGUAACUUUACGCUCGGUUAUCCGAUCGUAGCAAUUUUGUUUUGAUUCCGCAUAAAUUUUUUGAGAUCUUGCUACUGCAAGCAGAUAGAGGCGGUUUGGUCCUUCCUUCUUCCUGAGAAAACGUCGUUUGCUAUCCCAAACGAGAAAUUUUUAGAUUUCGCCAAACUUUGAACGAUAAUAACUUUGCCUAUAUUUGGCCCGACCUUUAGAAGUAUUUUUCGGCUUCAAAAGCUGAACCAGGGCCAAACACCUCUAAAAGCUCGACUUUUGAAAAGCCGAAAAAAUAAUUUUGUAUAACAUAAAAGCAGCAGCUCCGAUUUGGAGCCUCUGCAAAAAGCUGUUUUGAAAAUACAAAAUUAUUCUUAUUAUAUUAUAUUUUUAUUUUAGAAAAUAUAUUUUUAUUUUAUUUAUAUCACUUUAAAAAUAAAAAUAUAUUAUUUAAUGUAAAAGAAAUCUAACAACAUCCAUUUUGACUACUUUUUAUUGUACAGAAUUUGUAUUCAUAUUUUAUAUUAUAAGUCAUUUAUAGUUAUUUUACGCAAACUCUCAUAUUAAUAAGCACUUCUAUUAGUUUUUUAGGCAAACACUUAACUGCUUUUUUGAAAAGUACUUCUCUAAAAGCUACAGCCAGAACCUGCUUUUGCAAAAGCUACAGCAGCGCCAAACUAGCCAUUUGUGCUCCACAACCUGAACGUUAUAAUUUUUUUAUUUCGCAUAAAUUUUUAAGGACUAAUUUUUUUUAUCAUAGACGUAUUUUCCGAAUGUAUGUGGAUCUGUGAAAAGUAAAGCUAAAGUUCCCAAAAAUCCUUAUAUACAAAAAUAUUUCAUGGGUUGAAAAGUCAUUCCUAGUAAAAGUUGUAAUCUUUAACAAUUUAUGCGAAAUAAAAAAAAGUCUUGUGACGUUCGAGUUGCAGAGCACAAAGUUAUGGCCGUCCAAAAUUUAGCGAAAUUUAUAAAUUGUUCGUUUGGGAUAGCAAACGACGUUAUUUCGGGACGAAGGCGAGACAAAACCACCUCUUGCUGCUUGCUACUUGAAAGAUCUCGAAAAAUCAUGAGGAAUCAAAUUUUUUUGAUACG